AUGGCUGCCGAGGAGGACGUAGAGGCCGCUGGCCUGGAAUGCGAGCUGCUUGGCCAGUGGGGCUCCUUCGGUUGGUGGCUUCAGGUCUUUCUGGGCGCCGUGUGCAUGGCUUCCUUGAUCGGGAAGAGGUUCACCGAUAAAGUGCGGAGACCUUGGAAGGUAUGGUUCUUUGACACAGCCAAGCAAGGCACGCAGGCACUGAUGAAUCACAUCAUCAAUAUCGGGCUGUCCAUGGGCUUCGGCGAGUGGCUGGCAGUGGAGGCUGAUCCGUGCAAUUGGUAUUGGAUCAACAUGUCUCUGGACUGCACCUUAGGUGUGGGCCUCAUGUUCCUGCUCUUGCGGUCGCUGCAGUGUGCCUACCGCAAGUGCCUGGCGCGGCCCGAGCUCGCCAGGUGCGGUCACUAUGGAGACCCACCCGAUUUCAAGAUCUUCCUGCGGCAGCUGCUAGAUUGGCAGGUGGCCAGUUGCGAUGAGCCACUACGCGGCUUGCCCGAACAGCGUUUGGGGGCGGCGCUCACCCUGCGUGCCAUGGUCAAAGACCCUCUUGAGGUGCGUUUUCCCAAUGUGUCCUUCGAGCCUGUGGAACUUCAGGUUGGGUUAGGCGAGGUCUUCAGAAGCGUUACGCCCAGCUUCCUUCGGAAAGAGGAGGAGGAGGAUGACUUUUUCGCAGCCUGCUGUCCAAGAAUCACUUGGCGGCAACGAAUCCUGGGUUGGCUUGCGUGCUUCUGCCUGGGGCUGUUGCUGCAAGCCUCGAGCUUCGGGUCGCUGACGCGGGCGCUCUUCGGGCACCCGGGGAGGUUUGCCUUGAUGUACACCCUAGGGAACGUUGUGGCGCUGGUCGGGACCUUUUUCCUGGCUGGACCGCGGAAGCAGAUUCGUAAGAUGUCGGACAAGAACCGAGCACAGGCGUCUGCCAUCUUCAUCUGCGCCAUGGUGAUCACGUUGGUCGCGGUCGAGGCCCCGCGAUUCCACGGCCGCGCCCUGCUGAUUUUGGUCCUGGUGAUCAUGCAGUGGUUCUCCCUGGUCUGGUACACUCUCUCCUACAUUCCCUAUGGCCAGAAAAUGGCUUGGCGAUUGCUGGCGAAGUGCUGCAGCUGGUGCUGUACAUUCUGA